AUGUAUUCAAGUUUCUACUUUAUCUGUAUUCUCAAGGCAGCCAUAUUAUGGGUUAUGAUAGACACCGAGUUUUGUAAGUUCAGGUUCCCUCCAGUUCCUCAUAUGAACAAGGUUGUCGGUACAGGGGCUUGCAAAUUCUGCUUGAGUCUGUCUUGGAAUAUGGAGGAAGAGGACAGUUAUGUGAUGAGCUCAGAUUGUGGCAUUGAGCAAAUAAUUGGGACCUUAGCGGGAUACUUAUCAUCAUCAUCAUCAUCGCCAUUUAUCUAUCAAAAACUGAUAAUUAGACCUCUAUAUAGAAAGCAAUACAGCUGGUUUCUUCUCAAUAUUUUCUGCAUUUUCACAAUAACCAACAACUGUCCCUAUACUAUAUGGCCCGGUACCCUCUCCGGCGCAGGCUCGCCGUCACUUGCAACAACCGGAUUCCGUCUAGAUCCCGGCCUAAGUGUGAAACUCACAAGUGUUCCUGGGUGGUCCGGCCGGAUAUGGGCAAGGACUGGUUGCACUUUUGAUGCAACCGGAACUGGCAAAUGCCAAACCGGCGAUUGCGGAGGAAGGCUUGAGUGUGAUGGAAAUGGUGCUGCUCCUCCUACCUCCUUGUUUGAGAUAACGCUUGGUAAAGGCACUGAUCAAGACUAUUAUGAUGUGAGUAUGGUAGAUGGUUACAAUUUACCAUUGCUUGCUCAACCACGAGGUGUAUAUGGGGGUGCUGCUUGUAAUGCCACAGGUUGUGUUACUGAUAUUAAUAGAGGUUGUCCAAAAGAACUUCAAGUGGUUGGUGGAGAUGGAUACCAAGAUGAAGGUGGUGUAGUAGGCUGUAGGAGUGCUUGUGAGGCAUUUGGGUCAGACCAAUACUGCUGCAGUGGAGCAUUUGCAAACCCAACAACAUGCCAGCCCUCUUAUUAUUCCACCAUUUUCAAGAGGGCUUGUCCAAGAGCCUAUAGCUAUGCAUUUGAUGAUGGAACAAGCACCUUCACUUGCAAAGCUUAUGAAUAUGACAUUGUUUUUUGUCCUAGCAGCUAUAGGAACAAAAAACCAAAGGGUACAGUUCUUCCUCCACCAAUUACAGUUCCUCCUCCACCACAAUCUAUAACAGAGCCCUACGAGAAAUUUCAGCAGGACAAUUCUUCUUCAAAUGCUCCCUUGUCCUUUGGAGUUCCAACCUUUCUCUUGGUCACCAGGCUCUUCGCAAUUCUGGCAAUGACACAGCCAUUGAUGUGAAAAGAAUGCUAGAUGGUGUAAUAGGUGUUUUUGAAGGGAAUGGAGAAAAAGAAAGACCAAGUGAAGAAGCAAAAAAGUAAGGAACCAAAUUAAUGUGGAAGCUGCUUCUAAUGCUCUUUUCAUAUGCUUGGAGAUUAUUAAGAACCACUGAUUCUCUGCUAACAGCACUUACUGCUAAUUUUAUAUUUACUUUACUCCUGUCCUCUCAAGAUAAGUUUUAAAUGCUUUAAUCAGAAGAAGAAAAAAAAUGUUUCCAUAAGCACACUUGGUCAUUAGCAAUGUAACAUGGAGAAGUAUUAAAACACUCAUUAUUUGAAAUGUAAUAUCCUCAGCAUGUGAUGUACAAAUUUGGAUAUCCAGAAUUAAAUGUUUAUGGAACAGAGAUGCAACCACUUGUGUAUAGUAAGGCACUAAACCUAAUAUUAGAUAUUUUAAUUGUAUUGCAGUUGUAAUCGACAUAAUUCAAGUGACCAAUA